CGCAUGCGCGCACAAGAUGGUGGCGGUUGCCGGGGGCGCACGUGACUUGCGCUGAGGCGCUGCUGCCAUGGAGUCGUCGGAGGGACUCCGGGAUGGCCAGGAGGAGGAAGUGGAGGAGGAAGUGGAGGAGGAGGUGGUCAUGGUUGAACUGUCGGGAAUAAUUGAUUCAGACUUUCUGGAAAAAUGUGACAACAAGUGCAAGAUCUUGGGCAUAGACACAGAGAGGCCCAUUUUGCAAGUAGACAGAUAUGUGUUUACUGGAGAAUAUGAAGAUACCCUUGGUACCUGCAUGGUGUUUGAAGAAGACAACGAUCAUGAUGCAGAUGGGAACCAAAAGGUACAGCUAAAAUAUAAGUGCCACACAAUGAAGAAGCUUAAUAUGACACGGACACUCCUCACAGAGAAAAAGGAAGGAGAAGAAAACACAGGUGGUAAGGUGGAAUGGCUGGAGCUUAAGGACAAAGAUUUCACAUACAGCCGGCCAAACCUGAUUUGCAAUUUUUUACAUGAAAAAGAAGAGGAAACAGCUGAAUCCCAGGACAAACAGGCAGAGGACUCUGUUGGGGAAGCUGGUGACCCAGAAAAUAGAGUUCAAAACCUUGAUCCAGAGACGCCACCUUGUGUUGAACUGGCUGACUCUGUCUCUCUUCCGGAUGCCACUGGCUCCAAGGCAACAAAUUCUCCUGUGAAGAGCCAGGAGGAUAUGGCUGUAGAUGAUCAUUCAUCUUGAGGUCAAGGCAACAGUUGAAAGAUAAUGAAUAUAAAACUUUCUAUAUGACAUCUAGUUGGUAUAUAUCAUGUAUAUCAUUAAUCGGAAAACUGGACCCCAAUUAUUACCAAGUUAGUGGUAAUGCAGAGUCAGUCCAAGAACUAUGCAGCUGAAUCUGCAUUUCCUAUAAGGCUUUUAAGCUGUUCCUCCAUCGUAAUUGCGCUGCACGAUUAGCAAGUUCCAGCGAAUCAUUUUGUGGAGAUGAUUACUGUCCUAAGGAGUAGAGAAAUCUUAGGAACAAAGCAACAACCUUGAGCUUGCCUACCAACCCUUUGUAGAGUGCAGCUUUUAUUUAGCGUUUUGUCUCCUGAUGUCAUCUCAUUAUCGUAGAAUAGGGAAGUCCUGAAGUUGGUGCCUGAGUGAAGAAACGUCAACAAACCAUUCCUGAUUUUUUUAUACCAUACAGUUGUGUUUGCUUUUACAUAUAGUUUUUUUACCUGUACAAUCUGUUUUACAAAAUAAAAUAGUUUUGUCUUUA